AGAAAAUGUCAUCAACAAUAACAAGAAAACCCAAAUGGCACCCAACACCACCACCACCACCGAGCCCAAAAAUCCUUCAUUUUCCCCGGAGAACUCGCCGGAAAACCCCCAGAAAUACGAAAAAGAAACAACUUUACCCAAUGGAGAAGAAAUGUGACUAUUACAAAGGGAGAUUAGAAAGUUUAUUUGAUCAAGAAAGAUACUUUCAUGGAAGUUCUUCCUCUAUUAAUCCCAUUGUUCUUCUCAAUACGUCAACUUCUUCUUCGUCUUCUUCUACGGCUCAGAGGAGAGAAAGAGUCGAAGAACAAGAACAAGAAGGUGCUGUCAAUGGCGGUGGUGAUGCCGUAGACAGGGAGGAGGAGAAAUGGAGGUUUCAAGCAGAGAUGUUAAGGGCAGAGUGUAAUUUCUUAAGGAUGGAAAGACAAUUUGCUUUGAAGAAAUUGGAAAGGAAUAGACUUCAGAUGGAGAAGACUCUUAGAUCAGCUGUUCACACUCUCAUUGCUGGGAAAAAGAAGAUUUUUGAAGGGAAGAAUGUGAAUGCAGUAUUGGAAGAAGAGAUUGAAGAUUUAGCAGAAAAACUUGAAGAGUUAAAGAAAAGUUGUAAAAAUAAAGAUGUCGAAGUGAGACAUUGUAGUAACUUUGAUAAAAAAGCAUGUCAUUUACAGAAAAGGCUAGAGAAGCUUGGAGGUUUAACAGAUGAAAAAGCUCUCAAGGAAUUACAACAGCUAGCUCAAUCAACAAAUGAAAUUGACAAAGAAACCAAGAAUAAUACUUCUACUGAUGUGGAGUUGUUGAGGGAAAAAAUGGAAGGACUAUCAAAGGGUAUGUUAGAUAGAAUGGAGGAAGAAUAUGGGGCAAUACUUUCAAGCACAGCAAACAGUUCAGUUGCCAGUUCAGCUUCAACUUCCAAGAGAAUUGACUCUAUUACAGACCCUACAUCAUCUUUCUCUACAAGACAACAACCAUCUCAGGACAUGAUGCCACUCGAGGAGAACAAAUGCUCAGGGCGUUGCAAGGUUAUAGUGCGAAGGAUCGUAGAACAAGUAAGAGCUGAAACUGAGCAAUGGUCACAAAUGCAGGAAAUGCUGCAGCAAGUCAGAGGGGAGAUGGAAGAACUUCAGGCUUCUCGCGAUUUUUGGGAAAACCGAGCCCUAGACUUUGCUCAUGAAAUCCAAUCUUUACAGUCCUCCGUGGAAGAAUGGAAAGACAAAGCACAAGCAUUUGAAACCAAGGCAAAGGAUAUGCAGUAUGAGUUAACUGCAGCGAAAGACGAGCUAGAAAAAUCAAGAACAAAGAAAUCAACAGCACAUGAUCAGAGGGAGGUAACAUCUACCCCGAAUUCACCUCUGCUGUCAUUAGCCAAGCAAAUUGAGAAGGAAAAACGCGUAUUGGUUUGUCGGUUGAAAGAAGAAAAUGCCAAUCAGAAGUUGCAAAAACAAAGAGGUGUUGAAGUGAUUUCAACGAAAGAUUUGCCUCCUGUAUCUCUAGGGAAACAACUAGAGAAGGAAAAACGCAUGUUUAUGCAUCGUCUGAAAGAAAAUCGUGGAGCCAAUGACAUGAGUUGUAAACGAGAAGUUUCUCCUGUCGAGAGAAGAAAAGAACAUUAUUCUUGCAGCAAAGAAUCAAGAGUACCAAAAAGGCCACCAUUUAGAGAUGUUGGGAAUUCAUCACCAUUAUUGGUAAGGCAAAAUAGUAAAGCAAUUUACCCUUUGCACAGCCCUUAAAGC